AGGAUCUAAGGGAGGCUAGUGUUGUCUCUCCGCAGGAGUGACGAACCGCUCUCUACUCGCAUCGUCAGGAGAGAAACAACCACACAGACCGAGAGGGACUGAAAAUUGACGUCGUUAAAUGAGAGAAUGCAGGCAUAUAUUUCGAACAACAACCGAGGACCUUACCAAAUUGGACAUUUUUGUGACUAAAGAAGAUUUUUAAAAGGACCCGUCCUUUCCCACUUCAAAGCUGGCGACUCCUUUUAAAUGUGGUGGUUGUUGUAUUUGCCCACAGAAGGCUUCUGAUCUCGACAUGCUUUAAAAAACGAACGACGUCUAAUCGACAAAACGUUUAACAUGUGACGACAGUUUAUCCGCGAUCCCUCUGUUGCCGCUUUGCUGGAUUCGAGGAGGCGUCUAUUGGAAAUUAGGGCAUUUGUCUCGUUUUGGAGACAAUGCGAGAGUGAAAAAACCAGGGAAAGUGGGAUCCGGAGCUGUCCGUUCAGAACCACACACAUUACUGUGCCACAAGCGGUGCACCACAACUCAACAGACACCUCUGCUGAAUGUCAUGGGAUUGGUUAUAUUUUAAUGACAAUUCAGCAUACAUCUCAUUUGUUCAAGAGGAGUAACUUCUGAUAAUCUUUUUCAUCAUCUCAUCUCUUGGCACCUGAAGACAAUCCCCCUUUGACCCGAGCACAACAUCAAAAGCUCAUGCACAGAUUUCUCGCACUUGCUCUGUCCAUGUAAAACGCUUUUUUUUUUUUUUGCGCGCGAAAGCAAUUCUCUUUUUUCGUUACCUGACAAUUGCGCACAUGUGUCCUCAGGGUUAUUCAGCGUUGUGAUGCUUGGCCCGUGCUCGAGACAUGCCUAAGCGACGAGAUGGGCCAGGGUGACGAGAAAGACCGCGUUGUGAUUAACGUGGGAGGGGUUCGACACCAGACCUACCGCAGCACCCUGCGCACUCUCCCCGGCACUCGUUUAGCCUGGCUCGCCGAACCCGAUGCCCACAGUCACUUUGAUUAUGACGCCCAGAUUGGCGAGUUUUUCUUUGACCGACACCCUGGAGUCUUUGCACACAUACUUAAUUAUUAUAGGACUGGCAAGUUACAUUGUCCUGCUGAUGUCUGUGGCCCUCUUUAUGAGGAAGAGUUGGCAUUUUGGGGAAUUGAUGAGACUGAUGUGGAGCCUUGUUGCUGGAUGACGUACAGACAGCACCGGGAGGCAGAAGAGGCGCUGGACAGUUUCGGUGGGGGGCCAGCUGAAAUGGGCAACGACGACACGGAGGGAGAUGGUUUGGGUGAUUCAGGGGAUGGAGAUGAUGAACUUGAGAUGACCAAACGGCUUGCUUUAGGGGACUCCCCUGAUGCCAAAGCUGUGGGGCUGUGUCAACGUUGGCAGCGCCGUGUUUGGGCACUCUUUGAAGACCCAUAUUCCUCUAAAUAUGCAAGGUGGGUGGCAUUUGCUUCGCUGUUCUUCAUACUGGUUUCCAUAACCACAUUCUGUCUGGAGACGCACGAGGCCUUUAACCCCAUCGUUAAUCGAACGUAUAUUAACCCUACUGACAACAGCACCAGGAUUCACCAGGAGACAGAGACAGUAGUCUACCUAACUUACAUAGAGGGUGUGUGCGUGGUAUGGUUCACCUUUGAGUUCCUCAUGCGUGUCACCUUCUGUCCAGACAAAAAGAAGUUCAUCAAAAACACUCUCAACAUUAUAGACUUUGUGGCCAUCUUGCCCUUUUACCUGGAGGUGGGUCUGAGCGGGCUGUCCUCUUCAGAGGCAAAGGACGUUCUUGGGUUCCUCAGAGUGGUGCGUUUCGUCCGCAUCCUCAGAAUCUUCAAACUGACGCGACACUUUGUGGGUCUGCGUGUAUUGGGACACACUCUACGCGCCAGCACAAAUGAGUUCCUCCUGCUCAUUAUCUUUCUCGCUCUCGGAGUGCUCAUCUUCGCCACCAUGAUCUACUACGCGGAACGAAUCGGUGCCAAUCCCAAUGACCCGCGUGCCAGCGAGCACACGCAUUUCAAAAAUAUCCCCAUUGGCUUCUGGUGGGCCGUUGUGACUAUGACCACACUAGGCUAUGGAGACAUGUACCCUCAGACAUGGUCAGGCAUGUUGGUGGGAGCGCUGUGCGCCUUGGCUGGUGUAUUGACCAUUGCUAUGCCGGUGCCUGUCAUUGUCAAUAACUUUGGGAUGUACUACUCUCUAGCCAUGGCUAAGCAGAAGCUACCAAAGAAAAAGAACAAGCAUAUUCCCCGUGCCCCACAGCUGGGCUCCCCCAAUUACUGUAAGUCAGCCACAAACUCACCCAACCCAAGCCUACGAAGUGAACAUUGCUCUCUGGUUGCCCAGGAGGAGAUAUUAGAAAUGAACAGAGAAGAUCCUAAAGUGAACGGUGAUGCAGCUAAAGCAGCCCUGGCCAAUGAGGACUGUCCCCACAUAGACCAAGCCAUUUCCCCCGAGGACGGCCAGAUCUUCAAUCCCAGCGAGCCACGAGGAGACACUCCAUGUUUUUUGCUAAACGUCAGCAGGCGAUCUACGAACACAGGCACCAGAGUGAGGAAGGAGGCUUCUCGGCAGGUCCAGCACAAACAGCCCGCAGACUCAGUGUGUGUCAUGAAUCGUGGCGUUCCCACCACUUUGUGCAUGGCCCAGAACACCCCUCCUCCCUCCUCGUGAUUCUGAUCUAUAAGUGUGUGUUCAUGUACAUACAGUAAAUGGGUGGAUCCAUGGGUGGAAUGCAAAGUGGGGAAUGGCCCUUACACAGACCUGUUUCUACACCUUAAAUGUAUUUCAAGGGGACAUCUGCCAACCAUCCACCCCGUAUUUGUUGGCUGAUAAUAUUGUCAACUUUUUAACCUGGUCUAGUGGUGUGUAAACAGUGUAUUCGAGUGCAUGCUUGUUUAAAAUGUGUGGUUUUGUGUGUCUGUUGUAAAUAUGCUUUUUGUGUUGCCCAUGCUUGCUGUUGGAUAUUUAGAGCAAUCUUUAGGAGGUUAAACAUACCCAUUAUCUUUAUUCAUUUUGUGACUCAUAGCAAAUAUUCACAAAGCUGCCUUUAAAUUUGAAUAGGGUCGGACUAAUAGGGGCAGUUUCCCAAACAGGGUUUAGAUUAUUCCAGGACCUUAGUUAUAUUGGGAAAAUUAAGUAGUUUUUACAAACAAACCUUACAAAAACAUUACUGGUGUGCAUCUUGAAACAAAACAAUGGCACUGAUAUAUGUUACAAUAUGUCAGUGAAAGAUGUUUUUAAAGAGCACCUAUUCCAUUUCUAAAAAACAAAGUUAUUUGGUAUAUUUGGUAUAAUACAAUGUGUUUGCGUGGUUUAUGGUUAAAAACAUAUUAUUUCCCACAUACCGUACAUUUUUGUAGCUCCAGGUUUCAUUCUCUUUCUGAAACACACAGAUUUGAAAAGCUUUGUGUCCCUGAUUGGCCAGCUAAUUUGUAGGUUGUGAUUGGCCGGAAUACCUAUUUGACGUUGUCAGCCGGAAAUGUGAUGCUCCUUACCAUGUUUGAAAGAUCACAAUGCAAUGCUAACAGGAGUUAACCUACAGGCUGCGAGUCCGAAGUGGGAGGAAUUAUGAUAAUGUCGAUGUUGUCUACAUCACCAAUCCCAGAAGUAAACUGUUGCCUACAAUCUGUGUGUUUGUUGUAGUCCAAGGAAAGAGAUUUACAUUGGAGACGAUAAUUCACAUCAUCGUUUACUUUGGGUUUUGUACCUUUUGCAUAUCGUUAACAUACUAAUACACACUUACACACCAAAGGAAAUGUAAAAUCGUGAAUCGGACAAUAGGUGCUCUUUAAAUGAAUGCAGCUCAAACAUACAUUUUAGUCUGGAACUAGGACAAGCCCUGUCCGGGAAACCGCCCCAGUGUUACUCUCUGUUGCACUGCUGCUGUCAGUCAUCAGUUGCCUUUGUUUGCUGUUGCACUUUUAAACUUUUUACAUUCCACAGUUGUUAAUGGUAGUGGACUGAUGGUAUCUUGAGCUGGUAAACAUGUGCGUAUUCAUAUGUGUGUUACAAUCUAACUCUGCCUUUCUCUGAACCCAGCGAGGAAAUCAAUACACUCCAGUGAAAGCGAGUGCUUAUUUAAAUGCAGUGAAAUUUUAAACUUGUCAAACGAAUAGCUCUGUGUAAAUUUUUUUAAAAAUGAUGGUUACUUAAAUGUUCUUUAUAGUUGAAAAAUGUUCUACAGACUAUAAUGUAAGAAAGAAAUGAUUCUUUAGACUCGUUGACUAAAAGGUCAAUAUGGUAAAAACGUCUCUUCUAUGGCAUCACUGCUAAGAACUCUUAAGUGCCUUUAUUUUUAAAAAUGUAUUCUUGUGGUUAUUCAGAAUCAGGCAACAGAAGCUAUAUAUCAAACUGAAAUACCAAAAUAUGGAAGACAAAGCUAAACCUAUAAAGAUCAACAAGCCUAUAUCCAUUUACUUUGUAAUGAGCGUGAGAAAGAAAUGUGUUGAAGAGAGCUGUACAAUAUAUCUAAGAUAUGUCAGAUCUUUAUUGUAAUUACUAAGGUUAAAGGUUAAAGGUUUUGUGUUAAGUAAGGAUCUUGCUCGACUGAAGUGAGAGAUGUCCUCAGGGCAACAUACAGUAUUGUGUGGAUCCAAGAACAACAUUUUUGUAAAUAAAACCUAAUCCCAUCUCAAAGCCCAACUCUAACCAUUACUGAAUCCUUAAAAUCAGAGGAAAUGAUAAGUAAAAAACAAUGGUCUAGAAGCAGCUAAUCCUGGUUGCAAGCUUAAACUUGGUUGUUAGAAAUGUUGUCCCAGGGUCAAUAUAAUGUGAGGACAUCCACCACUUUGCAAAAUCAAGAGAGCUAAGAAUGUUCAUUCUCUCAAGUAGAAUAUUUUUAUGUUUAAUGAUUUUACAAUACAUAGGCCUGGUUUCACAGACAAAGCUUAGCUAAUGCCAGGACUAGGCCUUAGUUAAAUUAAAAAUAUUUUAUAAAUGGUGUGUAACUUGAGACAAAUCAAUGCCACUGGCAUAGUGUUAUUUUCAGUUGAGACAACUCGAACAUGUGUUUUAGUCUAGGACUAACCUUAAGCCUUGGCUGUGAAACCGGGGGUUGCAGUUACAGUUGCAGAAAAUUUCACAAAUAACAUCUGGCUUUUUAUUUUACAUGAUUACAUUUCUGUAGAAAUUAAUUUCUUCUUUAUUUCCGAAGAUCAAUUGGUUUUAUGUAUUCUAAAAAGCUGUGAUUAUUUUAAUAUAAUUGAACAAUCAGGGGGCUGAACCGACAUCUUUCACAAGCAUUUGGAUAUUAGUAAAUAUUAUGAUAGUAACAAUAUAUAGUGUGGCUAAACUUUGUAGGUUACCCUUACUUUUAGGGACCUUUAGGAUAGUUAAUUGCAAUCUACAAUCCUUAUACAUGUUAUAAUGAAUGCAAACUGCACGAUUUGCAAUGAUGAUAUUGAUGGUAAAUAAUACUUCAGUUUGAAAGUCCAUUUUAAAAAGUAAAAUAAAAACAUCUCUGUGGAAAUAAACUAUAUAUAAGCAUGACUCCAGUUAGACAAAGACCUAAAUAUAACUUUAUUCUCUGUUCAGAUAAUGCUUCAUAUUAUCAUUUUGUUGCUAAAAAGAAAGCAGUUAAACAUUGGUUCUCAAUUUGGCUGCAUUUUGAAGAAACUCUCUACAAUAACCUGCAUUAAUUUUAGGGGGAUUUCGAAUGACUGAAACAAGUUCAAGAAAAAUAAAUAAAAUAUUUCAACAACUUUCUUUUCUAUAUUUGUGUCUCGGUAUAACUUUGCAUGGUGUCAUACAGCAUUUGAAUAUUUCCCAUAAUAAGUUAUUUUUAAGUACUAAGACUAGUUAAUCAUACACUCACCUGAAGGAUUAUUAGAAACACCACUGUGUUUGACCCCCUUUCGCCUUCAGAACUGCCUUAAUUCUACGUGGCAUUGAUUUAACAAGGUGCUAAAGCAUUCUUUAGAAAUGUUGGCCCAUAUUGAUAGGAUAGCAUCUUGCAGUUGAUGGAGAUUUGUAGGAUGCACAUCCAGGCCACGAAGCUCCCGUUCCACCACAUCCUAAAGAUGCUCUAUUGGGUUGAGAUAUGGUGACUGUUGGGGCCAUUUUAGUACAGUGAACUCAUUGUCAUGUUCUAGAAACCGAUUUGAAAUGAUUCAAAUUUUGUGACAUGGUGCAUUAUCGUGCUGGAAGUAGCCAUCAGAUCAUGGGUACAUGGUGGUCAUAAAGGGAUGGACAUGGUCAGAAACAAUGCUCAGGUAGGCCGUGGCAUUUAAACAAUGCCCAAUUGGCCCUAAGGGGCCUAAAGUAGAUGAUGCAUCCAUGUUUUCAUUCUGUUUACGCCAAAUUCUGACUCUACCAUCUGAAUGUCUCAACAGAAAUCGAGACUCAUCAGACCAGGCGACAUUUUUCCAGUCUUCAACUGUCCAAUUUUGGUGAGCUUGUGCAAAUUGAACCCCCUUUUUCUAUUUGUAGUGGAGAUGAGUGGUACACGGUGGGGUCUUCUGCUGUUGUAGCCCAUCCGCCUCAAGGUUGUGCGUGUUGUUGCUUCACAAAUGCUUUGCUGCAUACCUCGGUUGUAACGAGUGUUUAUGUCAGUCAAAGUUGCUCUUCUACCAGCUUGAAUCAGUUGGCCCAUUCUCCUCUGACCUCUAGCAUCAACAAGGCAUUUUUGCCCACAGGACUGCCGCAUACUGGAUGUUUUUCCCUUUUCACACCAUUCUUUGUAAACCCUAGAAAUGGUUGUGUGUGAAAAUCCCAGUAACUGAGCAGAUUGUGAAAUACUCAGACUGGCCCGUCUGGCACCAACAACCAUGCCACGCUCAAAAUUGCUUAAAUCACCUUUCUUACCCAUUCUGACAUUCAGUUUGGGGUUCAGGAGAUUGUCUUGACCAGGAGCACACCCCUAAAUGUAUUGAAGCAACUGCCAUGUGAUUGGUUGAUUAGAUAAUUGCAUUAAUGAGAAAUUGAACAGGUGUUCCUAAUAAUCCUUUAGGUGAGUGAAUACUACUUCAUAAGUUAUGCUAAAUCAACUGUUGCCAAGGUUGCUUUGCAUUGUUUUCAUGGGUUAUAUCUAUGUGGAUUCAAAUGUAACAAAAGUGCACGUGUGGCCCUGUUUGAGUGCGUGUAUGAGUGUUUUUCGCUGUUUGAGUGCAUGUACCCCCAGUUCUUUGCUCUGCUGCUGAGCUUUGAUCUUUUCAGACACUAUGGCAACCUAGUUACCUAAUAGGGACCGUAACCAUAGCAACACAAGUAUGUGAUCUGCUUUCAACGGCAGCCCAUUUCUCCCAUGCCUUCCUGCUGCCUGGUUACAUUUGUACUUGCUAUUUGGGUCCGCAAUUCAUUAGACACAUUCACACAUCAGAACACAAAGUUCUUCACGUAAUUAUCACUGAUGCUAUUCUCUGAAAGAAAGGGUAUCAUUACAGUCUGGAGACUCUGCCUACACAGAGACAAAGCUGAAGGUGAUGUACGUAAACAAAACCAGACCCAAACGUAAUGGGUUAUUUACAUCCUUACCUGUAAUUCCUUACACUUGUGUUUAUGUGUAUGUAUGAAUUGCUGUAUGAUUCUGUAUUAUGAACCGAGUUGACAUUAAGGAAAAAAGCACCAACCCUCUUGACUCCAGAGCUCGCUCUGCAAUGCAACAGUGAAUUGUAACCUGCAAUCAAACCGGAUCAUCAAACAGGCUCAUGCACCAAGCAGCCCUGCCUCCCACCCUCCAGUUCAGACUGCCUAGUGCGAGGUGUCAAGCCUUCAAAGAAUAUCAUGUAAUACAUAAAGAGGCCUUUGGAUAAAAGCUCAUGGGUAAUUUUAGAAAGGAUUAUAAAUAUAAAAUGCUCUGAAUUUUACUGUUGCUUCUUUUGAGAAGGGAAGAAAUAUUUUUGUAAAAGCAGGAAAGCUAAAUCUGCACAAAAAGAGACAAUUUAUACAUAAUCAUGUGACCCUGCCUGUAAAACCUAAGCUAAAGUCUCAUAUUAGGAGAUUAGGAGCAUCAAAGCUUCAUUUGAAUUAUUGGUUUCACAUUGAUUUCAAUGUAGAAUAACUGGAAUCCAUGUUUAUACAUUUGCCAUGUGUCAAGUAAAGGACGUCUGUGUUCCUGGA